GGUCAUUUCUCUUCCUGGUGAUCCGGCCAGCAGGGGGGCAAACUCUUCAACUUCUCCCACAUGUUGAGAAAUCCUCUCUCUAAGUCAUCAGCUGGAGGUGUGAUUCAGUGAAACUUAAAACCAUCUGAGCGCAGAGAGGAGGACAGAAACUUUGGUGCACAGCUCUCCUCUGAGUGGAAUGGGAGUUGCAGAGUGAGCAGUCCGGGGCAGGUCCAUGCCAGAGUCCGGAGGUUUGUGUGGAUAUUUCUGGGAAAGCCUCCAGAGCUCAUUCCUGCCAAGGAGAACCUGGGAAGAAGCACAGCCGCGUUUUUUCUCCCUGUGCAGACUCAGCGAAGAGUCCCAGCGAGGAUCACACGGAGAACACUUCUUACAUUCUAUGCGUCCUUCCUCCUUCCUUUCCUCCUUCCUGCGCGCAGGAGAUCUCCCCACAGUGUUUGGGAAUAAACAAAGCCUGAGGAUUAAUUGGGAGGAAUGAAGUGAUUAGUGUUUUGACGUUCCUGUGAGAGGAUUUUGGAGAUGUGAAGAGGUCCAAACUUUACGCCGAAAGACUUGAUUCAUUCCUCCAGGGCUUUGAGGAAAUAUUCUCCAGAGUUCUGGAUGUUAGUUUAACAGAGAUGAGAGCCUCUGCUGCUUAUCUCCUGGGAUUAUUGGAAGUGUUGGUGAGAUGAAGUUUUGGAUAUAACUGUUUACGCACAAACAAACUCUGCUCUUCCUCGCGUGGCUGGUGGAAAAAGAGCAGACAGUGGAGUGGAUUUCUUCAGCAGAGGACAUGCUCUGAAACACUGGCUGUAUAUCCUGUGCACACUCUGCACACCUUCAUCUGGAUUUCAUUGAUUUUUAACCUCAAAUGCACUAAAAGACGCGCGUGGAUCUCGGCUCAGCCACUGGAUCUGUAUCCCCCCACCCCCCUCAGUGAGUGCUUCUUUAUUUGACAUCUCGACACCAUGCAGGGGGCUUUGGUUCUCAGUUUGGCUCUCAUAUAUCUGCUGACAUGGACUGGAGAGGCAGACAAACCGACUCAUCUGCAGCGCACGCAGCUGCACAGACGCAGCAGACAGGGGCGAGUCCAGCUGGGUUCAGCAGACAAGGAGCGCCUUGUUGGACGUCUGCGCCCCGGGUUCGGGUCUGCUAUCUCUGUGCACAGUGCCAAGAAGGAGGAGGAGGAGGAGGAUGUGCAAGCUGAUGGAGGUGCUUCUUCAGAGCUCAGGUCAGGGGCUGUGCAGGGCAGGAGAGCAGGAGGGCUCGUGCCAAGGAGAGGAGCAGCAGGGCAUGUCGGUUUGCCUCGACAGCAUGACAUUCAGCAGGAUGAGGGCACACCAGGAGCGCGCGCCAGGGUGACCCGGAUGCCCAACAGCGCAGGGUCACCUAACCUGCUGGCCAGUUUCGCGGGGAAGAACCGCGUCCUGGUGAUCUCUGCACCUCAUGACUCAGACGGGUACUACAGACUCAUGAUGUCUCUGCUCAAACCGGAUGUGUACUGCGAGCUGGCUGAGAGGCACGUGCACCAGAUCGUCAUGUUUCAUCAGGAGGGGGAGAUGGGGGGCAAGGUGAGGAGGAUCACAACGGAGGGGAAGGUGAUGGAGGAGCCUCUGGACACUGCUCUCAUCCCCAGACUCAUGAGCUUCCUCAAGAUGGAGAAAGGUAAGUUUGGGAUGGUGCUCCUGAAGAAGACCCUGCAGGUGGAGGAGAGGUACCCGUACCCUGUGAGGUUGGAGGCCAUGUACGAGGUGAUCGACCAGUCGCCCAUGAGGAGGAUAGAGAAGAUGAGACAGAAAGGCUUCGUCCAGAAGUGCAGAGCAGCAGGAGUGGAGGGCCAGGUGGAGGAGGGCACGCUCACAGCAGUAGAUUCUCCAGUAGUAAGAAAACCAGGGAAGAAGUUCUUCAGAAAACCAACAACCACUACAGCUGCCACGACAACUACUCGACAAACCACCACACCCCCCACCACCACCAUACCCCCGACAACCACAACCCGUCCCACCACCACAACCAGAGCCACCACGACCACGCCCAAACCAACCACCACCAAAGCAACCACAACAAAGGCCACAACCACAACAAAGGCGACAACCACCAUCAGACGGACCACAACCAAACGGCCCACAACGACCGUGAAGACCACUCUGAAACCCACCAGAGCCCAGACCACCGCCCUGUGGCUCCCCGCCCCCAGAACCACGCCGGAUCCUAACUACUACAACCGCAGAGAGAGGGAGCGGUACCCGGCGAAGACAACUCCUGCUGGAGACAACCGCACGGACAAGGACGGCAGAGACCCGUACGGACGAAAACUGGAACCUGUGACACAUAAACCUUCCAAGACCAGACCGACUAAGAGGAAGAACGGGGGAGAGAGGGUGUUGUCCAAUGAGUACGAGGACCGGUAUGAACCCAGCAAACCGACCGUCAGCGAUCCGGAGGAGACCGAGUCCUUCACCGACUCCAUCAGUCCCACCAAGAGGGUCAAAGGCAAACACGACAAACACGACAAGAAGAAGAAGAAGAGCGACAAGGCGGCCAAGAAGGCCGAGAGGAGGGGAGGAGGGAAAGCGGGGAAGAUCGGGGGAAAGAAAAACGGAAAGAAGCUGUCGAAGUACCCGGAGAAAGAGGACUACCCGAAGCCCACCAAGAAGCCGACCCCCCCUCCGAAAGGAUCUCUGGCCUCCUUCCUGGACUACUUUGAGAACCGGAGACGGCUGCUGCUGAUUACAUCCCCCAGCGAGGAGAACAGCAUGUAUGCUCAGCAGAGGGACGAGUACCUGGAGUCUGUGUGUGAAAUGGCCAUCAGGAAAGUCUCCAUCAUCACCAUCUUCGGCUCCCUGACCAACUCCACCAUGAAGAUCGACCACUACCAGCUGGAAAACGACAAACCCAUGAAAGGUCUUCGUCAGGAGGAUCUGGUGAACCAGGAUCUGAUCACAGAGCUGAGGAAAGAGUUCAGUAUGACCUACGAGGACUUCUACAUGGUCCUCACCGACACCGACAUGAGAGUCAAGCAAUCCUACGAGGUCCCCAUCGCCAUGAAGGCCGUGUUUGACUACGUCGACACCUUCUCGUCCCGCAUCCGGGAGAUGGAGCAGCAGAAGAGGGACGGGGUCGUCUGUAAGAAGGAGGACAAGCCCAGGUCGCUGGAGAACUUCCUCUCCAGAUUCAGAUGGAGACGCCGACUCUUCAUCAUCUCCGCCCCCAACGAUGAGGAGUGGGCCUAUCAGCAGCAGCUCUACGCCCUCACCAGCCAGGCCUGCAACCUCGGUCUGAGGCACAUCGCCAUCCUGAAGCUGGUCGGCACAGACGUAGUUGACAUGGGAGGAGUCCUGGAACUGUAUCCUAUUAAUGGGAGUGCUACCGUGGAGCGUGAGGGAAUGUCAGGCAUGCUGGUGAAGGACAUGAGGAACUACUUCCAGAUCAGCCCGGAGUACUUCUCCAUGCUGCUGGUGGGCAAAGAUGGAAACGUGAAGUCCUGGUACCCGUCGCCCAUGUGGUCCAUGGCGAUCAUCUACGACCUGGUGGACUCCAUGCAGCUGCGCAGACAGGAGAUGGCCAUCCAGCAGUCGCUUGGUAUGCGCUGCCCUGAGGACGAGUACGGAGGAUACGGCUACCAUCAGCACGGGUACGAACACGGCUAUCAGGACGGGUACCACCAAGGAUACGGCUACUAGCUCCUCCCUCUACACCGCAGCCUGUUCAUCGUGGCGCCUUCUUUCACCCUUACCCGUGUUAUUCUUUCCAGUCGGCUGAGCAAAUUGAGGUCCCUGAAUGUUUUGUAGCACUUAGUGAAAGGCUCCAAACUUUCACCUUUCCAUGUCUUUCAUUUUCAGCACACAGCGGCGAUAAAGAAGCAGAGACUGUUAGAGUAGAGGCGUGUAGAUGAGCCGGGAGGUUCAGGGAUCGGGUGUGCGCCUUUUUUUUAGUUCCUGUUUUCAGGCUUUGUCGUUUCUGACGCCACAGAGGAAAGAAGAGGAGUUAUGAGUGUCAUGUUUUUACACAGAGAGCUGAGUGUUUUUAAGAUGUUUCUCAUAUUAUAAUAAGAUAUUUCUGCACGGAUAGGACAUGAAAACUUCUCAUGUAAGAACAAGACUCUUAUCUUGCUUGAGGACAAAUUAUUUUACUUGUUGCAAAGUAGCAUGAGUGAACGAUGGUGGCUGAGGAGAUUAAGAGCAGGAUAUAAGAUGCAAAAUAGCAAAAUGGACACGAGGAAGAGGAAGUGCAGACAUCGGCUGAAACUGAUCAUUUCUGCACGCCAUUAAUCGGUCUCUCUAGAUUUGUUAUUACAUGAGAAGUGUUUCAUAAAUCCAGUCUCUAGCAAGAUAAAUAGUUGCAUUAACAACUUUCCUGUUAUAAAACUGUCCUUUAAUAAAGUGAGGAACAUCUUAAUUUAAAACAAACUCUUCCUGUUAAAGAAACUGAAUCAGUCCACUUCAGAGACCGAUCUGUCUGCAGGUUUUAAUGCACCGUCACGCCCCUGCAGGUUAAACUGACAUCUCCCCCGUUAGCAUCACAGACCUUUAUUUUGUAGAUAAGAAGCUGAAAGGAAACGUUUCUGUAUUUAUUGGACAUCUGUUGCAUUCGAGGUGCAGUUAUCAGUUAUUGUAUCAAAAGAAGCUGUCACGAUUUUUCUUGUUUGUAAAGUUUCUGUUGCUCUACGUUGUUCUUAUUUAUACUCUGUUGUGCUAUAUGACAAAUAAACAUUUGUUUACCACCAGUCUAACUGAUUUGUGUGCAGAGUGGAAUAAACUCCUGCAGGGCUUCAGUUUGCUCUGCAAGAAUCUAAAGCAACA